GGCUCUCCUCCACCGCGCCCGCCGUUGACGACGGCGAUCGACGUGCUUUGCCUCUCCAGCCCUCCUCCAUGUCGCCGUAUAUAACUCCCUUCUGCUCAGCUGUGAAAAAGCCACAAGCUGUCUUGUACUCUCAUAGCAUACAUAUCUAGCUCGCAAGCUCAUCAAGUUUCCAAAGCUCCGGGUUGUGAUCGAUUACUAUUACAGCCAGGGGUUUCAGUUGGUGGCCGUGAUGGCGGACCGGACCGAUGGCGGCUUGCCACCUCGCUCGAGCUUCUCCUCGCAGAGCAACCAGUUGGCAGCGAUGAGACAAAGCUACAUGUCUCAGAGCAUCUGGGGCCCUUCGAUGCCAAUCGGUUGCGGUGUUUCGACAACGCCGGUUUUGGCCUAUGCGCCCGCCGAGAAGAACUUCACCGCCGAUUUCCUGCUGGGAGGGGUGUCAUCGAUGGUGUCCAAGACCGUCGCGGCGCCGAUCGAGCGCGUGAAGAUGCUGCUGCAGAACCAGGACGAGCUCAUCAGGACCCGCAGGCUCUCCGAGCCUUACAAGGGGAUCGGCGACUGCUUCGCGCGCACCGUCAGGGAGGAGGGUUUUCUCUCGCUGUGGAGAGGGAACACCACCAACGUCAUUCGCUACUUCCCGACCCAUGCUUUGAACUUUGCGUUCAAGGACUACUUCAAGGGCCUGUUCAACUUCAAGAAAGACAAGGACGGCUACUGGAAGUGGUUCGCCGGGAACGUGGCCUCCGGCAGCGCAGCUGGCGCGACCUCGCUGCUGUUCGUGUACUCCCUCGACUACGCCAGGACACGGCUGACCAACGACUACAAGGCGACGGCCAAGGGCGGCGAGAGGCAGUUCACCGGCCUCGUCGACGUCUACCGCAAGACGCUCCGGUCGGAUGGCGUCGCCGGUCUCUACCGCGGGUUCAACGUCUCCGUUGUCGGCAUCAUCGUCUACCGCGGCCUCUACUUCGGGAUGUACGAUUCCUUCAAGCCAGUCCUGCUCACGGGCAAUCUGCAGGACAAUUUCUUUGCAAGCCUUGCGCUCGGUUGGGUGAUCACCAAUGGCGCGAACCUGGCCUCUUACCCACUGGACACCAUCCGGAGAAGGAUGAUGAUGACCUCGGGGGAGGCCGUCAAGUACAAGAGUUCCAUGGAUGCCUUUGCUCAGAUCGUCAAGAACGAGGGCCCCAAAUCGCUGUUCAAAGGCGCCGGCGCCAACGUCCUCCGCGCGAUCGCCGGCGCCGGCGCACUCGCCGGCUAUGACCAGCUGCAGCUCGUUUUCUUUGGGAAGAAAAAUGGGUCAGGUGGCGCCUAAACAGAGAGGACUGCAGCAAAAUACAGUAAAAUAAAGCGAUGAUGACGAUAAAGUGGAUUUGGUUUCUUUUCUUUCUUUCCGGUUCUGAUGUUCAUAGCUUUUAAUUGACAAUAAGAAGCACUCAGAUUGCUUCCAUUUCUUCCUCCAUUUGUUCGCUCUGAUUGUAUAAUUGCAGAGUACUCCGAAUAAAGAGUAAACUGAAA